AUGGAUCCUCUGGCCGACCUCGAGGACCCUCGCGCCGCCACGAACGGCGACAACAACCACGUUUCCAAGAAGCUCAAGCCCUCCUUCAUAACUGAUUCCGAAAUUCGGGACGAGUUCGCCCACCACCAGCCCGGUGUCGCCCGAAUCAACAACGGCAGCUUCGGAAGCUGCCCCGCCUCCAUUAUCGCUGCCCAGAAGAGGUGGCAGCUCCGCUUCCUCCGCCAGCCCGACGAUUUCUUCGUGAAUCACCUCCAGCGCCAAAUCCUCCAUUCCCGCACCGUCAUCAAGGAUCUCAUUAAUGCCGACCAUGUUGACGAGGUUUCCAUCGUGGACAACGCCACCACCGCCGCCGCCAUUGUUCUUCAGCAUGUUGGCUGGGCCUUUGCCGAGGGCCGCUUCCAAAAGGGUGAUGCUGUUGUCAUGCUCCACUGUGCUUUCCAGGCCGUCAAGAAGUCCAUCGAGGCUUAUGUUACCCGUGCCGGGGGCUCUGUCAUUGUUGUCCACUUGCCCUUCCCUGUCAAUUCCAACCAAGAAAUCAUAGCUGAGUUUCGGAAAGGUUUGGCAAAAGGCCGGGCUAAUGGUAAGAAGGUAAGGCUGGCCAUAAUUGAUCAUAUAACAUCAAUGCCCUGUGUUGUCAUUCCUGCCCGUGAGCUGGUUGAAAUUUGUAGAGAGGAAGGCGUGGAGCGUGUGUUUGUAGAUGCCGCUCAUGCUAUUGGUAAUGUACAUGUUGAUGUAAAGGAUAUUGGGGCUGAUUUUUACGUUAGCAAUUUGCACAAGUGGUUUUUCUGUCCUCCGUCUGUUGCAUUUUUGUAUUGCCGGAAGUCGCCUGUGUCCCCUGAUUUGCACCACCCCGUUGUUUCACAUGAAUAUGGGAAUGGGCUUGCCAUAGAGAGCGCAUGGAUUGGAACUCGAGACUACAGUUCCCAACUGGUUAUUCCUGAAGUUUUAGAAUUUACGAAUAGGUUUGAAGGAGGCCUCGAGGGAAUCCGGAAGAGGAACCAUGACAAAGUGGUGGAGAUGGGCCGAAUGCUGGCCAAGGCUUGGGGAACCAUUCUUGGUUCGCCACCAGAGAUGUGCCCGAGCAUGGCUAUGAUUGGGUUGCCAUCAAGAUUGAGAGUUUUAUCUGAUGAUGAUGCCUUGAACUUGAGAUCACACUUGAGAGACAAUUUUUGUGUGGAAGUGCCCGUACACUAUCAGGUUCCAAGAGAUGGUGAGAUUGGAUUCUCGGAUGGUGAUGGAUGUGUAACUGGGUAUGUCCGGAUUUCUCACCAAGUGUACAAUACUCUUGAUGAUUAUAUCAAGUUGAGAGAUGCCAUUACUCAACUUCUUCAUGAUGGAGUGACUUGCGAGGGCUGCCGGCCGGAUUACCGAAAUCUGAUACAUUUGGAUAUGGCGGAUGACGAGGCGCCACCGCCUGUAAGGCUCAUGAACUUCGUCUCCGAAGACCAGUUGGAAGAAGCUCGGAGGACACGGGGAGCUCGAGUCGAAGACGGCACUGCUCAGCGGGAUAGGUCUCUUUACGAGAUUCUUAAGGAGAAUAAAGAUAAGAAAGAUGCUGAAUUCAAUGAACGUUUCAAGCACAGGCCACCCAAAGCUCUUGAUGAAGAUGAGACUGAAUUUCUUGAUAGAUUAGAAAUGUCCAGGAGAGAGUACGAGCGACAGGUGGCAGAUGAAGAAGAGCAGCAACUUCGUAGUUUUCAGGCAGCAGUGGCAUCACAUUCUAACAUUGUACAUGAGCUAAAGGAGGCACCUUCAGUUCCAAAAACUCAGGACAAAGAUUCAGUAGUGAAAAGAAAGAAUACAACAUCUCGCCCAUUAGGCUUGGUAAUCAAAGUGAAACCGCAAGCAAAGAAAGCAAAAGUAGAGUCUUCAAGCAGAAACGAGGCCUCCGGGGAAAGUGUGAAACAAGUGUUUCAGGAAAUGUCGAAUGUAGAUACGUGCAGGCCUGUAGCUAUAACUGGUUUGGUUUCAUAUAGUGAUGAAAGUGAGGAUGAUGUAUGA